AGCACCUCGGCCACUGAUAUUGUCACCUACAUUGGGGUCCCCUUAGCGGUUUUAGGGAUUCUACCUAUUUUAUACAACACAUUUGCAACUCUAGCCUCCCUUUCGCGCAUCAAGCGAAUGCUUCGGCGCAGCCGUCUGACUGCACUGACACGUAGCGAUGUUGUGAAUCGCGUCAUCGAGAUUGAGCUGCCCCGUUAUGCUGUGAUGCCCUUGGAUCGGUUCCAGAAUAGAGUUGAGUACUGGUCGCUUUCUCGCCAUCCCAGCUCUAUUCCCGGCGGCAGUUGGACCACUUUCAACUGGCGGACCAACGCCAUCGGGGUCAAGACUCAGCGCGUUGAGUAUGCCGAUCAAGUGCGUCAACCUCAGGUCGAGAUCGCUUUUGACGAGCUGGUGUCGUACUUGCUGGAUCUCGGCGCUGUUCCAGAUCCACAAGGUUUCAAACUACUGAGGUCAACAGGGCUGUGGACACCGGUGGGUUGCUCCCUGAUGAUGUCUCCCGAUGGGAGACAAAAGGCCCUUACGAUAGCCCCAUUGGAUGAUUCAGAUGGAUAUUUGUCUCUCGCCGUGGCCUGGUCCAGCUCAUGGAUCACGCGCGAUCACGCCCAUCUACCACCAUAUUGGGUUCGCUUGCCAUCGCCAGCGGGAAAGUCGACAGAGCCAGGGUUAGGGUCUACCGUUGGUGGCUCCCAGAAGAAGGGGCACGAGAAACGAGCACAAGCAUCAAGCUCCAGCGAAUACCAAGUCCAAACCCAGAAUGAGGGUGCCAGUGAAACUGAUUCGGUCGAACUUCAAAUUCGCUCAGACGUUGAACACGACAUUACCUGCGAAAUAUCUCUAUCCGGGCUUGUCACAGCGCUUAUUCAAAGCGACCUUAACAGCAAUAGUCCCCCGGAGGAUUUGUACAUCAACCAUCUUCGCAUACAAUCUCGGAAGUCAGACGGCGUUUGGUUUGCUAGUGCUGCUACAGCUUUUGGAGAUUCCAGCCAGACCAUUCUGUGGAACUAUAAAAUUCCAGAUGAAAUUGGCAGAUUCUCUAGAAAGGAAUCUAUUCCGUGUGGUGUAUUGGUGCUGCUGGGCAUUGUAGACGAAUCGGAGACACCUGAAUGGGCCACAAAAUACAAUGACUAUGGCGCUUCGCUGGAUACAUUUGCACAGAGAGGUCGAGAGCAGCGGGCGGCCAUGGACGCUGAAGCUCGUAUGGCGCCCGCGCAACGACAACAAGCUGUCAAUGAGAGAAUGCGCAAAGAGACAGAGCAGCGUUUGCAAGAUAUGCGUGAGAAAAUGAGGACAGAUCAACAGCGGCGCGAUAAACGGACAAUGGAAGCUCUCCAAAGUCCAAAAUGGGACACCAAGCUCGUCGCUGAUUAUUGUUUGAAGUGGCUCAAGGCUCGAAACAUCUGGGACGAAUCGCUUUCGGUCAAAGAAGUUGUCGGCUUCAUGCUCCAUCGCAUGAUUCGCGAUGGAGAAUUCACCUCUGUCCUCUGCAAAAUGCUGGACACUUGGAAGGCCUGGGCUGAUAUGGGAGGGAUGAGGACUGCCGACUAUCAAGCCAUUCAAGAUGAUUUAUCGACGUUUGCCGAGGCAACUUUGCUUAUUGCGUUGAUAAAGGAUACGUCUGAUGCUUUGGAGGGGACAUUGGCCAUGGAUCUGCAGGAGUGUUUGCGUAUGUGGCAUAAGGUGCGGCUUGGAUAG